AUGGCCGGGGUUCUUCCUAUGACGGCACUCGUGCUUGAGAUGCAAGCCGACAUUGGUAAGCAUACCGUCCACGGACGGGCUUUCGCUGUCGUCCGUGGUGACUCCAAGGUCACUGGUACCGUCACCUUCGAGCAGGAGAGCGAGUCUGCCCCUACCCAGGUCUCGUGGGACAUCUCCGGCAACGACGCCGAUGCCGAGCGCGGCAUGCACAUCCAUACCUUCGGUGACAACACCAACGGCUGCACCUCUGCCGGCCCUCACUUCAACCCCCACAGCAAGAACCACGGCGCGCCCUCGGACGAGGACCGCCACGUUGGUGACCUCGGCAACAUCAAGACCGACGCCCAGGGCAACUCCAAGGGUUCCGUUCAGGACUCUUUCAUCAAGCUGAUUGGCCCCCACAGUGUUAUCGGCCGUACCGUUGUUGUCCACGGCGGCACCGACGAUCUCGGCAAGGGUGGUCACGCCGAGUCCCUCAAGACUGGUAACGCCGGCCCCCGUCCCGCUUGCGGUGUCAUCGGCAUCUCCAACUAA